AUGGCGCCCAGACGUCAAGCAGCUGUUGCUGCCCAGGCCAGUAUGGCCGACAUCGCAGCCCGUGAGACUGAGGUCGACAACGAUACCCCUAUCAAGCCUCCCAAGGCGCCCAAGGUGUUGAAGCCUGCAAAGGUUUCCAAGAAGUCCCAGCCGUCCCAAGCCAAGAACGCCGGCAAGGGUUCCAACGCGAAGGCAGCUGUCAAGAAGUCAUCCGACGUCAAGUCUUCAGAUGGCUCUUCUAUCCCUCUGCUCUGCUGCAUCUGCUCCAGCCACCCUCGCUUCUCUGACGUUUCUCACUUGUUGACCCACUUGAGCUCCAAGGGCCAUCUUCACACCUUGAACACUACGAGACUCGAGUCCCACGCAGACCUCUCCGCCGCUGCGACCAUUGCCACCUAUGACACUUGGUACGCCAAGCACAAUCUCGAGCGUUUGCUCGCAGAGCGUCUCAUGGCAGCCAGAGGAAUGACCAAUGGCAAGCGACCUGGUCAGCACCUCGCCCAGACUGUGAAGAAGAAGAAGUCCCUUGCUGUAACUGUCAAGACUGAGCACGACGCCGACGCUCCUUCGACUCCGUCUGCCAAGAAGACGGGAAGUUUCGAGCACCAGGAAGCAAUCACAUUCUUUGGAGAAGAGGGCGAGCCAGCUGAUCCUGGUCCCGACUAUGUCGAGGAGGACUACGACACUGUUAGACUCAAGGGUAUUAUCUGGCCCGGCAUGAGUCUCUUCGACGCCGCUACCCCGGAUCAGAGGAAGAAGCGGAACCAGCGCAAGGACGCCUCGGUCCUCCUUCAGAUGGAGCUUGACUCUCAGGCUGUCACUACCCUCGAGAUGGUGGCUAACCUCAACUUGGAGGUUGAGAAGACUCGCAGUGUCUACGAUGCCCCUUCCAUUGAGGGUACUCCGCCUGCCAAGAAGCCUAGAGGUCGUCAGAGACGCGCUGUCACCGAUGGCUUCGAGUCUCCUUCUGUUAGGGUCAAGGAAGAGCUAGACACGGACGACGAGGCUCUCAUGCGGCCCACUCGUGCCAGACAAGUCCGAACUAAAAAGGGUCCGAAGGUCAUGACCAGCCCCUCCCCCGAGGCAGACUUCCAAAACUCCCCAGAAAGAUUCGAGAUUGCCAGCGACGACGCCGAUGUCAGUGACCCAAACCAAGGGUUUGUCCUAGGCACUGACAUGCCUCUUGGUAUUGCCUACAACGACAAUCCCCAUGGCGACGUCGAUGCGGACAACGAUCCUGACCCGGACAGUUUUGACACAGACUUCGACGAGUCCCAGUUUGUGGAUCAGAUGGGCAACUUCAAACGAACUUUCACAAUCCCUGACAGACCUGAUGUAGGAGCCGGCGAUGUCUUCAGAGACGGCUCUUCUGACCCCCGCCAACCCCCGACCCAGAUCACAGAUCAAGCUAGGUCGGCUCUUGGCCACGACCUCAACUCUCCUAUUGAUACGGUAUAUUGA